GGGUGUACGCAUUCGCAAACUUUCCGUCACAAAAUACCCCCUGUUCCUCGACGUGCUCGCGACCCUCGAAGGCGCAGGGCAGCUCGACCCGUCUACGACCGAGAUCAAGGACCUGGGCGAGGUCGUGGUCUGCUUCAUUAUCACGGUGCAGCACCUGCGCAGCUUGGGCCUCCUGGAGAAGCCCAAUGGCAACAGCAGCAAGUCCGAGACGUUCGACGGGCGGCUGCUGGACGGGUACAUCGUCGCGUACGCGCGGCCUCGAGGAGGCACUGGGGCUUCGAGCAGAGGCUG